AUGUCUGGCGACGAUAAACCACUACCCCGCGCACCAAUGCCGCGACGGCCAUCAUCCUUUGCACCAGAUGAAGCAGGCCCAGCCGACUACGAGGCGUCACCAGGAGAUGCGCCUCCACGAUAUUCCGAACAGGCUGCCGCCGCCGAGCGCAUUCUCAACGACGCAGCGGGGGCAACUGCGGACGGACGUAUCGACAUCAACCUCGACUCGAAGCUUUGCAGAACUCUCUCGAUUCUCGUCCCUCGAAGAGAGUCGGUCCAGCCGAGGACCGACCGGCCCAUCAGCGAACUCCCUCCUGCCUACACUGAGCAGGUCGAUUGGGGGAUUCGAUUGAAUAUCGUUAUCCAGGUUGUCGGCAGUCGAGGCGACGUACAGCCCUUCGUCGCCCUCGGCAACGAACUUCAGCGCCACGGCCACAGAGUUCGCCUCGCCACCCAUGACACCUUUGCCGACUUUGUACGGAAAUCUGGCUUGGAGUUCUACCCUAUCGGUGGAGAUCCGACAGAGCUCAUGGCCUACAUGGUCAAGAACCCCGGACUGAUGCCUUCUAUGAAGAGCCUGCGGGCUGGCGAUAUCCAAAAGAAGCGAACCAUGAUCGCUGAGAUGCUGGAAGGCUGCUGGAGGUCGUGUAUCGAACCGGACCCUCUGACGCAGCAGCCUUUCGUCGCUGAUGCGAUUAUUGCGAACCCGCCGAGCUUCGCUCAUGUCCAUUGCGCUCAAGCUCUCGGCGUGCCGCUGCACCUCAUGUUCACCAUGCCGUGGAGCAGCACGAAAGACUUUUGCCACCCACUGGCCAACAUCAACGUCAACAAUAGCAGCAUAUCACCAGCUGUUGCCAACCAGAUCUCAUACAUGGCGGUCGAGUGGAUGACUUGGCAGGGACUUGGCGACGUCAUUAAUGCGUGGAGGCAGACCUUGGACCUGGAGGAUGUUCCCUUCUCUGAAGGCGCUGGCCUGCUUGAAGCUCUGCAAAUUCCAUUCACGUAUUGCUGGUCCCCGGCCCUGAUCCCCAAGCCCCUAGACUGGCCGAACUACAUUGAUGUGUGUGGCUUCUUCUUCCGAGACGCUCCGCAUUACACUCCUGAGCCGGAACUCGACCAGUUUCUACGCAGUGGACCUGCGCCUGUUUACAUUGGCUUUGGCAGUAUUGUCAUUGACGACCCCGACAGACUGACGGCGAUAUUGGUGGAGGCCGUCAAGCAGACCGGUGUGCGUGCCAUCAUCUCGAGGGGUUGGAGCAAGCUCGGCGCCAACCAGCCCGCCGAUAGCGACAUAUUCUACCUCGGCGACUGUCCUCACGAGUGGCUGUUCCAGCAUGUCACAGCCGUGGUGCACCACGGUGGAGCUGGUACCACGGCGUGCGGUUUGCUCAACGGGAAACCAACGGCUAUCGUGCCGUUUUUCGGCGACCAACCCUUUUGGGGCACCAUGGUCAACGCCGCUGGCGCGGGGCCGAUGCCCAUCCCGCAAAGACAGCUCAACGCUCAAAACCUCGCCAGCGCUAUCAAUGAUUGCUUGACGCCCGGCGCGCAGGCGGCUGCCCAGGUCAUGGCCGACAAGAUGCGCCAGGAGAACGGCGUGCGACAAGCCGUCAAUUCCUUCCACGCCAAUCUUCCUCUGGACAACAUGCGAUGCGACAUGUUGCCCGAGUUCGCCGCUGCUUGGUCCUAUAAGAAAGACGCGCAGUAUAUGAAACUCUCCAAAGCCGCCGCGGAGAUCCUGACCGACAGCAAGAGGAUCAAGUGGGCUGAUCUCACACGCUACGAGCCUCGCCCCAUUGAUAUUCAGCACCGAAGGUGGGACCCAGUUACAGCCGUCACGUCAUCAGCAAUCAAAAUGUAUGCCGGCAUGGCGACCUCGGCGGCAGACAUCGUCGUCAAGCCCGUACAGGCGUUCACCUCAGACCGACCCGGCAGCAAGCGAUCGAGCAGAGAGCCGAGUCCGCACCCUGCGGACGAUCCGUACGGCAGACCUGCUGGCCUUGAUGUGCCCACAAACAACGCCGAAGGCAAGAAGCCAGAAAGGAGUCGUGCCGAGGCUGCACUUGCUGGCUCAGCCGGUGGUGUUGGCGGCUUCUUCAAGUCCUUUACGAAGGGCAUCUAUCUCGACAUACCGCACGCACUCGAGGAGGGUAUGCGCGUCGCGCCACGUCUGUACGGCGGCGAAGUCUAUGACCCAGGCGCCGUGACGGACUGGAAGUCAGGCGGCAUCGCGGCGGGCAAGAACUUCAGUCACGGCAUCGUCGAGGGCAUUGGCGGCCUCGUCAUGUCACCUGUGCGGGGUGCGAAGAAGGAAGGCGCCGUAGGUGCUGCCAAGGGCGUGGGUAUUGGCGUGUUGAACCUAGGGACCAAGGUGUCGUCGGGCGCGUUAGGUCUGCUCACAUUUACGAGUCAGGGUGCGUACAAGAGUGUGCGGGCGUCGAUGAGGAGGGAUACCAGGAGGACGAUCAAGCAAGCGAGGCAGACGGAGGGUGAAGCUAUCAUGCGGGAGGGCAAACAGGUUCCUGACGCGGGAGCCGUGCUUAGGGCCUUUGAGCGACUCGCACUGCAGGCUCCGGGGGCGAAGGGGAAGCAUUGGACAGAUAUUAUGGCACCGAAAUGA